AUGGCUGACGAUUUAGUUUUCCUCUCCGAUCUCCAGGCCGGUCACUCAUCCUCCACCGUCGAAGUCCGCUUGCUCCGCUCUUGGGAUGCUAGAACCCUACGCCGUGGUGGAGAACGAAUGAGCGUCGAGAUGCUCUUGCUUGACUCUCAGGCGACCAUGAUGCCGGCUUCUGUGAACGUUAACCGUCUCGCAACGCACCAGACUAAUCUUGAAGCGGGUACGGUUUACUCCCUGACCGGUUUUGAAGUAACAAGGUGUAACCAGGAUUACCGCCUCUCGGACUCUUCUCUACUAAUCCGGUUUACUGACUCCACCACUUUCGAGAAGAUCACUGACCCGGCUGUUCCGAUACCUCUUGAAUCAUUCCGGUUCCGUAACUACAGUGAGAUGCUUCGUCUUGCUAACUCCAACAACCAACUUCCAGAUCUUAUUGGUAAGAUAACUGCUGUCAAGAGUACGAUCACUGAACCUCCUCUGGACAAGAACCGUGUUAGUGCAACCAUCAAGAUGGACAAUGACACAUCUGUGACUUUAACACUCUUUGACGCUCAAGCUGUGAAGAUCCAUAACCAGCUCGCUCAGAUGGCGGUAGAUCCACGAAUUUGCGUUGCAACCAGUGUGAAUCCGAGAAUGGUGGGAGGGCGUCUGUUUUUUAAUGGCACAGCCGGCACACACAUCCAUUUCGACGUGGAAACAGUUGCCGGGGAAAGUUUGUUUUCCAGCGGUUUGCUUGAACAAGACACUGGGCUUGCGCCAGUAGGACGGCUGGUAAGGAGUUUUGCUAAGGUGGAGACACUGAGCAUAGCUGAGCUGAACGAUUUUGUCCUCAAUGCUUCGUCUCAGAACAUUGAUUUCAUUUGUACGGGGAAAGUUACUGGAAUCAAGUUAGACAAGGGGUGGUGCUAUGUCUCCUGUGCAAAAUGCUUCAGGAAACUCCACCGGUCUGUCUCAUCGCUCACGUGUCUAUCUUGCAACAACACCGAUGCAGUUGGUAUCCUUCGGUACCGUGUGGAGAUAUCAAUUGCAGACGAGACUGGUGAGGGUUUGUUUGUUGCGUUUGAUGGAGUUAUGGCGAAACUCCAUAACAUGAGGGCCCAUGAAGCUGUCAACCUCUUGCCUGGUAAUGAUGUCAACCCCGAAGAAUCUGAUGCCCCUCAGUUUGUUCUAGACAUGGAGGGAAAUACAUACACGUUUCAGGUUAAGGUGGGGCCAUACAAUUUCACGGCAAAUAAUCACAGCUUCACCAUUUCACGCAUUCUCGGUGAGGGUGACCCUGAGCCACAACCUGCGUUCGUUGAUGAUGGUGCUGCUGAUGACAAUGGAGACGACAACAACGAUGUGUAG